AAGAAGAAGAAAAAAAAAAGAAAAGAAAAGAAAAAAAGGGGAGGGGGGAAAGAGGGAGAGAGAAGGAGGGGAGGGGGAGAGAGAGCGAGCAGAAAAGCGCUGAACCUCUUAGAGCACGGAUCUCAAAGCUGCCUUCCUGCAAACAUACAACCAGCAGCAGCAGAAACCGCAGCAACUCCAACCCGCCGGGUUUCCCCCCCUUCUUUUUCUUCUUCUUCAACCCCCCCCAAACACCCUUCUCUUUCUCGCCUUCCCCCUCCUCCAAUUUGCAAGCUACAAAGCUGCCUUGGAGAAAACACACGCACACACGUACAGCACACACUCCCAGAGGAAGGGAGAGAGAUUACCAACCACUCGCUGUUCUUAAAUAUAUAUAUAUAUAUAUAUAUAUAACAAUCAUUCAGCUUUCAACAGAUUGGAGUUGGGGAGGACUCGGACGCUGCUUUGCUGGAAGAACUGAGCGAACUUUCAAAGCCGCUUUGGGAUUUACUUUUUUUUUUCCUUCCCCAGGACCACUUUCUGUCGAUUGCCUCCUUCUUGCCCUCUCCCCCGCCCCCCAUGUAUGAUACAUUAAGAGAAAGUGACUUGGGAUUGACGAAUCGGCCUCUUGUUCAUUGAGAAAAAAGCGACCAGGAACUCAACGUGUGUGAUUGCAAAGAAAAACUCGCCCCAUCUGGAAAAGGGUUUUUUUUUUAAAGAAACAAACAAACAAAAAACAGUCUAUCUUUUUGUGGCGCUUUUGUUUUGCUAUUUAUUAUCAUUUCUCCCUGGAGAAGAGAAAGGAAGGGGGAAAUCAACUUUGCUGUGGGUUUUUGUUUGGUGUGCUUGUUUGAAAGUUUCAAUGCUUCUCGCUUGCGAGCUGGACUGAAGUGAGCUUGGAACAGAAGAGCCGCUUCUGUUUCUCAUCUUCGUUUUUAUUUUCUUUUGGCUUUGGGGUUGGAUUUACUCGCCAACCGCAGGAAGAAGAGAAUCCGAGGGAAAAAAAGAAGGGAGGGAGGAGGGUUGGUGCAACGCAGCUUCCACGGAUUUCAGAUGUGUUCUAAGCUUCCUGGAGUGAUCACUCUUCAGGGUACUGAUGGAGACAAGAGCUCAGAAUGGCAGCGGGUCACAGCCCUUGCUACAGGGUCAGCAUGACAGUGGGAGGCAGUAUGGAGAAUCUGACCUGAGGGAUGUUCUGGCACAGCAAGUUCACGUCUUGUCCUUGGACCAGAUCAAGGCUAUCCGAAAUACAAAUGAGUACACGGAACCACCUACGGUGGCUCCGCGGCCAGGAGGCAAACCGACACCACGUCCACCUCUCCAGCACAAAAGUGAAAGGCCGCAUGGAUUGACUGAGCAGCGUCAUCUUAACAGGGUCCAGCCUUCCCUUGCAGCAUCCCGGGUACUGCUGUCUCAUUCCAUUAGCACAGUCAGCACUGGCUCCCGGAGCAGCACAAGGACAAGUACAAGCAGUAACUCAUCAGAGCAGAGACUUCUGGGAUCCUCUUUGGGGACAGUGGUGGACGGGAUAAUCCGAGUGCAACCCAAACCAGAGCUGAAGGCAAGUGAGCUGAAGCCCCCUAGCAAGGAAGAGUUGCAUCUGCAUGCCUACAGGUGUGAGGACUGUGGGAAAUGUAAGUGCAAGGAGUGCACUUAUCCACGAACCCUCCCAUCCUGUUGGAUCUGUGACAAGCAGUGUCUUUGCUCGGCCCAGAAUGUGGUUGAUUAUGGGACUUGCGUGUGCUGCGUGAAGGGACUUUUCUACCACUGCUCCAAUGAUGACGAGGACAACUGUGCCGACAACCCUUGCUCUUGCAGUCAAUCCCACUGCUGCACUCGAUGGUCCACCAUGGGGGUGAUGUCCCUUGUUCUGCCUUGUUUGUGGUGUUACCUGCCAGCCAAGGGUUGCCUUAAAUUGUGCCAGGGGUGUUAUGACCGGGUCAAUAGGCCUGGCUGCCGCUGUAAGCACUCCAACACAGUUUGCUGCAAAGUUCCCAAUGUCCCACCCAGGAACUUUGAAAAGCCAACAUAGCAUCACUAAUCCGGAAUCUGAAAAGUAAUAAGGAUUAUUCUUUUAACACCAUAUGCAGCCAACUAAAUGAGCUAUACUUGUGGCACUGUUUGUUAGGAGGAUUUGGGGAGCGGGGAGGGUACAUUGAGGUUUGCAGUGACCUGCUUUUCUUUUUGCAUGGGCCCACUUAAUGGAUAUGCUUGCUAGAAUCCACCUAAUGGAGCUCAGAAUGGGGAUACACUCUGCAGGACCCAAAUAUUGCAUAAGCUAAUGCAACUCAGACACUCCUAGGCAAUCUGUUGUGUGUGGUUGUGUGCGUGUUUGCACGCGUGUGUGUUUUAAAUGAAUAGUACAUUUGUAAAUUAGAAAACUACUUCAUCCCACUCCCAAUUAUUUUCUGCCAGAGAUGUGCUAUAUUUUUGUAUAUAGGAUAUUUUCAACUGUGAAAACACAAGUGUCAUAAGAAAUAUGGCACAGGUCACAAAAUAUUAUACUAAUAUGUUGUACAUUCAGAAGAAUGUGAAUCAAUCAGUAUGUUUUUAGAUUGUAUUUUGCCUUAUGGAAACCCUUCAAUUGCAGGACUCUGAUUUCCCCCCCUUUGGACUUCAUGUAUAUUGUACAGUUACAGUAAAAUUCAGUCUUUAUUUUCUAAUUUUUUUCAACAUAUUGUUUAGUGUAAAGAAUAUUUAUUUGAAGUUUUAUUAUUUUAUAAAAAAAGAAAUAUUUAUUUUAAGAGGCAUCUUACAAAUUUCACCCCUUUUUAUGAGGAUGCCACAGUUGCUGCAAAUAAGGGGUGAAAGAUACAUAUGUUCCCUAUAAAAUAGAAAAAUAUAUUAACGUUUGAAAUUAAA